AUGUCGGGACGGGCCGAGACGCGAACCCCUGAACCGCCCGACCGCGACGAACACGAAAAGUCACCGCCACGAUUGUCGAGACCGAGACGCACCACCAGACCGCCUAAAAACUAUGGCCAAGAUCAAGAGAUCGACAUCCAACAGAGAAACGCGCGCUCCCAGCGGAAGAAUGAGGCCCAGGGCAAGCCUGUAGCCCAACAUGAAGCGGUAACUUUGGACGAUGCCUUAACCGAGAGCGACGACCUGGACGUCGCCGACCUGGUGAAAGAGCUUGUGAAACUCAGGAGAGACAUCAAACGGCGAGAUGGUUUGCAUAGAGAAGAGAUGCAGAAAGUACAAGAAGAACUGCAGAAAGUCAAGGAAGAAUUCAGCGCCGCCCUUGCAGAAGUUCGACACGAGCUACAGACCCUGACAGAUAGACCCCUUACACCGCAACCCCUUUCCGAACCAUGCCCCCAGAACGGUCACGAUGAGAUCCUUCGCGAAAUCCAAUCCUUACGCAUUGCAAUCAGUCCUGCAGACCUCACCACGGGAUCCCCUUCCUAUGCAGAUGUUGCCCGCACUCCCCCAACCAGCUACCCGAGCAACGUACGGACUCUCUCAUCGUCGAACACGACACCGACCACCUUCACCGACACGUUGUAUUGCACGAUAGACACUUCAAAGAUGGUAAACAACGAAAGUGAGAAGAUGUCCGCAGGUCCGAUCCGGGCGGCGGUUGAAACAGAGAUCCGAAUGAUGGAAAAGCACACGCACUGGCGCUGUCGCGCCGUCACGGUGGAUCCGAAAAACACAAACCGGAUCAGAAUUGCAUGUCGCGAUGAAGCUGAACACCAGCUAGUCAAGAAAGUGGCGGAAGCAAAGAUCGGCGAAGGAGCCCGAGUGCUUCGUGACGAGCUUUACCCGAUCAAAGUCGACAGCGUCAACAGGGCCGCAGUUCUUGACGAAAAAGAUGAGAUCCGAGCUGGAGCCACAGUGGCCUUCAGCGAGGAGAACGAAGUCACCGUUGCUAAGAUCGCGUGGCUCAGCAGAAAGGAAAGCGCAAAGGCCUACGGGUCGAUGGUUGUUUACCUAACCAGGGGCACUGAUGCACGGAGGCUCCUCGCCGACGGAUUCUUCCACGCUGGGGGAGAAUCCGGCGUGACUAGCACCUUUGAACAUCGUCCACGACCGACGCAAUGUUACAAUUGUCAGGAGAUUGGACAUAAAGCAUUCCAGUGUAAGAACGUCCAGAAUGCAUUCCGUGUGGAGGCCCGCAUGAAUCGCAUAGCAAGAACUGCCGGAAGCUCUAUCCGCCGCGUCAUGAGUAAAACCUUCCGUAUCAUCCAACUGAACGUGAGAAAACAGGGCGCGGUGCAUGACAGCUUGAUGAAUGACGAACAAACCCGAGACGCAGCGGUGUUAGCGAUCCAAGAACCCCAAGCGAGGAGAAUCCACGGCAGGCUCUUGACGACCCCGAUGGGACAUCACAAGUGGACGAAAAUGGUUCCUUCCGCCUGGAGGGAAGGCAGAUGGGCGAUCCGAAGCAUGCUUUGGGUCAACAAGGAUAUAGAAGCGGAGCAAGUGGCUAUAGAAUCCCCGGAUCUGACGGCGGCGGUCAUCCGACUCCCCGAGCGACUGAUUUUUAUGGCAUCAGUUUACGCAAUUGCAAAGGUGCGGCGAGACACGGGCGCUGUGGUAGAGGUCAUGAUUGUGGGAGACUUUAACCGCCAUGACCAACUCUGGGGAGGAGACGAGGUGUCCCUGGGAAGACAGGGCGAAGCGGAUCCAAUCAUUGACCUCAUGAACGAGUUUGCUCUCAGCAGCUUACUCAAACGAGGUACAAAGACGUGGCAUGGUGGUGGAUGGAGCGGGGACUGCGAGUCGACCAUCGACCUCGUCCUGGCCUCUGAUAAUUUGACAGACUCAAUGAUCAAGUGUGCGAUAUAUGGGACAGAGCACGGCUCGGACCACCGUGCCAUUGAGACUGUGUUCGAUGCACCGUGGUCAGCCCCGAAGCAUCUGGAACGACUUCUGCUGAAGAACGCACCAUGGAAAGAGAUCAAUGCCAGAAUCGCGAGUGCUCUGGCCGCCACUCCGUCGGGAGGCACGGUGCAGCAGAAGACUGACCGACUCAUGACGGCGGUCAGCGAGGCGGUACAUGCUUUGACUCCAAAGGCAAAACCGUCACCACACGCGAAACGAUGGUGGACAGCCGACUUAACACAGUUGCGCCAUAUAUACACAUACUGGCGAAAUCAUGCUCGCUCGGAGCGUCGGGCAGGACGAAAAGUACCGCACCUGGAAAAGACAGCCCAAAGUGCGGCGAAACAAUACCACGAUGCCAUCCGCAAACAAAAGAAGAAGCACUGGAAUGAGUUUCUCGCAGACAACGAUAACAUCUGGAAAGCCGCUAAAUACUUGAGGUCGGGAGAGGACGCGGCAUUCGGGAAGCUACCGCAGCUUGUUAGAGCAGACGGGACUACCACCACGGAUCAUCAAGAGCAAGCAGAAGAGCUGCUGUCUAAGUUCUUUCCCCCACUGCCUGACGUUAUUGACGACGAGGGGACCAGACCACAAAGAGAGCCGGUGGAAAUGCCUACUAUCGGCCUAGAGGAGGUAGAACGACAGCUUUUUGCGGCGAAAUCAUGGAAGGCGCCGGGCGAAGACGGUCUACCGGCGAUAGUCUGGAAGAUGACGUGGCCCACGGUCAAGCACAGGGUUCUCGACUUGUUCCAGGCGUCAUUGGAAGAAGGCAUGUUGCCGAGACAGUGGAGACAUGCGAAGAUCAUACCGCUCAAAAAGCCGAACAAGGAAAACUACACUAUUGCGAAGGCAUGGAGGCCAAUUUCGCUCCUCGCAACGCUGGGCAAAAUACUGGAAUCCGCGGUUGCAGAAAGGAUCUCGCACGCUGUGGAGACACACGGCUUGCUCCCGACCAGCCAUUUCGGAGCCCGGAAGCAACGGUCCGCGGAGCAGGCACUUGUACUCCUACAAGAGCAGAUCUACACAGCGUGGCGUGGCCGACGGGUGUUGAGUUUGAUCAGCUUCGAUGUCAAAGGCGCCUACAACGGGGUGUGUAAAGAACGACUGCUCCAGAGAAUGAAAGCGCGAGGCAUACCAGGUGUCCUGAUCCGGUGGGUCGAAGCGUUCUGCUCGGAACGAACGGCGACCAUCCAAAUCAAUGGACAAGUGUCGGAGGUCCAGAGCCUUCCACAGGCUGGCCUACCUCAGGGCUCGCCCCUGUCCCCGAUCCUAUUCCUCUUCUUCAAUGCAGACCUCGUACAAAGACAGAUCGACAGCCAGGGCGGAGCGAUGGCGUUCGUGGAUGAUUUCACCGCAUGGGUGACCGGGCCGACCGCCCAGAGCAACCGGGAAGGCAUUGAAGCAAUUAUCAAUGACGCACUCGACUGGGAGAAAAGGAGCGGAGCGACUUUUGAAGCAGACAAAACAGCCAUCAUACACUUUGCUCCCAAGGCUUACAAAUUGGAUCAGGGACCUUUCACUAUCAAGAGACAAACCGUUGAGCCCAAGGACCAUGUCAAGAUCUUGGGCGUCCUCAUGGACACGAAACUCAAGUACAAGGAACAUAUUGCGAGGGCAGCAUCCAAGGGCCUGGAGGCCGCGAUGGAGCUUCGACGACUUCGGGGUUUAUCCCCAGCGACAGCACGACAGCUAUUUACAUCGACGGUGGCGCCGGUCGUGGACUACGCGUCCAAUGUCUGGAUGCACGCGUGCAAGGAUAAGGCCAUGGGGCCGAUAAACCGCGUCCAAAGGGUAGGAGCGCAGGCGAUUGUAGGAACAUUCCUCACAGUUGCGACCAGUGUAGCAGAAGCCGAGGCCCACCUUGCCACUGUUCAACACCGCUUCUGGAGACGAGCCGUGAAGAUGUGGACGGACAUACAUACCCUGCCAGAAACCAACCCUCUCCGCAGGAACACAGCACGGAUCAAGAAAUUCAGAAGAUACCAUCGUUCGCCGUUGUAUCAAGUAGCAGACGCGCUGAAGAACGUUGAGAUGGAAACACUGGAAACCAUCAAUCCGUUCACAUUGGCACCAUGGGAAGUACGCGUACAGGUUGGCGUUGAAGCAACUCCGCAGUCACCGACCGUACCAGGCGGGUCAAUGCAGAUCGCAACCAGCAGUUCAGCACGGAACGAGCUAGUCGGGUUUGGGAUGGCGAUCGAGAGACAGCCACCUCGGUAUCGAAAACUGAAACUGAAGACCCUUUCCGUCACAUUGGGUGCAAGAACAGAGCAAAAUCCGUUCUCUGCGGAGCUAGCAGCGAUGGCACAUGCGUUGAACAUGGCAGUUGGUCUGAAAGACUACAGGAUUACGCUGCUCACGAGCAACAAAGCGGCGGCUCUGACACUAAGGAAUCCUCGACAACAGUCAGGCCAGGAAUUCGUCUGCCAACUGUACAAGUUGAUGAGAAAGCUACGGAGAAAUGGAAACCAGAUCAAUAUCCGGUGGAUCUCAACGAGCGAAGACAAUAAACUGCGGGGUCUGGCUAAAGAACAGGCCAGAGCCGCGACACAAGAAGAUGCUCUCCCGCAAGAACGCGUCCCGAGAAUGAAGUCAACAACACUAAAUAUCGCACGAUCCCAAGCAGUCCCCAGCAAUGACCUGCCAGCGAACGUAGGGAGACACGCAAAACGAGUUGAUGCAGCACUCCCAGGCAAACACACCCGGCAGCUGUACGACCGAUUAUCUUGGAAAGAAGCGAGCGUGCUAGCUCAACUCCGAACUGGCAUGGCAAGACUCAAUGGAUAUCUCUAUCGAAUCAACGUGGCAGACACGGACCAGUGUGCGUGUGGACAAGCGAGAGAGACCGUGGAGCACUUCCUAUUUCGAUGUCAAAAAUGGACGGCGCACCGGACGGAGCUACUACAAUGUACCAACACCCACCGAGGAAAUAUAUCCUUCUUCCUAGGAGGAAAGUCGCCUUCCGAUGAUCAGAAGUGGACGCCGAACUUAGAGGCAGUACGGGCCUCAAUACGAUUCGCCAUCGCCACAGGCCGACUCGAGGCCACCUAA